UGAUGCUAUAGAAGGAACUGCAAAAUGUAUGACACAAAUUGCUCUCUUCCCAUCAAUAAAUGCCAAUGCCAAUUAUCCUAGUUGGUUUUUAUUAUCCAGUGUAUCCAAUCCUUCACAAAUCAGAAAUCAGGAAACAUGGCUGCCUCUUGCCUGGUUCAGAUUCUUUUUUUUCUUCCUUUUGCACGAUUAGAAUUGCAGAGGUAGUUGACUCCUUGAAGGUCUCCUGGCCCUCCUUACUGCAUCAGUUUGUUCAUGUCUGUAGAGAAACCGAUUGUGUGGCGUUUUGUCAUGUGUACAAUAUGAGCUUUUCGUGUAUAGAAACUAGAGAACCUGCCCUGCCCACGUAUUGACCCCAGUUUUAGGAUUAGGGUGCCACCGUGCUUGGCUGUAGAUGUUUCAGGAUAAUUGGUUCUCUUGUAAGUAUCAAUAAUUAAAGACCCAAAAGGUAGAUAAGAUGGACAAGGUGAUGAUGGCAUUGCACCCUUGCUUUUCUAUUACCAGCAAAAGCAAAACCCCUCGUCUACACCGGAUUUAUCAGACACAAUACUCCGGUGACCGGAAAGAGAGCAACUUGCCGGAGGUAACACCCUUAGCCUCAGUGUUUAGGCGGCGGCUUCUUGUCGGCGUUGGCUCUGCUUCCCUCGUUGCCCUCGGCGCUAAUUUCGCUGGAAUCACAAGCUUUCUUCUGGGUCUAUCCCCAGAGACCGGUAGGAAUCUGAAGCUGGAUGUUGUUUACCCCGUCGGCGGUUAUAGUCGUUGCAUCGACACCUCCCAAGGCUUCGAAUUCAUCUAUCCUGCGAAUUGGGUGGGAGAUCAAACACUGUUGUACAGAGCAGUUGGGAAAGCAGAGUCUGAGAGAUCUCUUGACCCUCCUCCCUUAAUCAACAACCAAGCAACAUCACCCUCACGCCGUCGUCGCCAGGAUUUCAGCGAUCCUGUGGUUGCAUUCGGCCCUCCAGGCUCCAAUGGGGAGCUUAACGUCAGCGUCAUCGUUUCUCCUGUUCCUCUUGAUUUCUCAAUUGAAGCUUUUGGAGGACCAAAAGAAGUUGGGGAGGCAGUGAUGAGGACAAUUACAGGAGGAGGAUCAUCGGGUGGAGGAGUUGCAGAUGUUAAAGCAACUCUAAUUGAAUCAACGACAAGGGAGGAUCCAGAGAAGAAAGUGAAUUACUACAAAUUGGAUUUCAGGGUGGAAGGUCCCUCGUUCCGCCGUCACAAUGUGGCGAUUUGCUGCGCUCGUGGUGGGCGUUUGUUCAGUCUAAAUGCGCAGGCGCCUGAAUCUGCUUGGCCUGACAUCAAGCCAGUCUUCUACGCCAUUGCUGACUCUUUCACCAUUAGCUCUUAGAAGUCUUAAUAGAUGGCCUCUCUUCUCACCUGGUUCGUCUGCUUCAGCAAUGGACCUUGUAAUUGUUGUCAUCCUCCAUUAAUUGCUGCACGUCUUCCAUUUAGAACAAUGAUAAUGUGAGAGGUAAGACCUAUCUUUGACCAAA